UGUUUCAACCAAAAAAAAAGAAAGAAAGAAAGAAAGAUAGAUAGAUCUGUUUAUACGUAUCCAUGAGUUGAGAUGAGGGUGUGAAGAUCCAUAUCUUUCUUUUAGAAAAAAAAUGGAGAAACCAUGGGAUUGGGUUCGUACUCUUGUAGCUCAGUUGGCUCUUUGCUUUGCUCUCUUCUUUGCUCUUAAACUUGGCCAGCCGCAGAAGUCUGUGCACAUCAACACAAGUGAGAGUAGACAUCGGGAUUUGCAUUUCAUAAGUGUCAGAGGAGGCUUCAGACCUGUCAACCAACAGACCCACCUUCUGAAACAGUUGGAGAAGGUGGCAAAGACCUAUAAGGCAAGGUUUGUGGUGAAUGUCGGUGAGUUUGGAGAAGAUGAUCCGCUAGUUCAGAAUGCUACUCGGAUCGUCCCCUCACUGAAAAUCCCUUGGUACACCACUACAGUCUCAAAAGUACACGAAGAAGGGGGUUGUUUUCUACAGCAGGUCAAUGUAUCUUAUGGGAAAACCUUGGACGUUAUUGGAGUUAAUACUGGCUUAUUACAGGAUGUGCUCAUGGAACCAUUAAACGACACAGCAAACAAUCAAUUAAAUUGGCUGACAAGAACACUGGAAGCAACCAUUGGCAACUGGUGCAUUGUUGUUGGAUUCCACCCGUUGAUUGCCUGUGAAGAUUGGGACAGGGAAAUGGAGGCAAGCCAAGUUUUUGAAACUCUACAUCAGACGUUCAUGAAAUUCGAAGUGAAUGCAUACAUAAGUGGGCAGGAUUGCACACAAGGUGGCAUUUCUUACAUCGAGAAUCCAGGCUCAAAUGUCAAAGGACCUUACCUAUCCUCCUCAAAUGGAAGAACGGUAUUUAGAAGGGAGGUCAUUGACGGAUUCCUGCUUCACAGAGUCGGCUCGUUAGAGCUAGUAACCUAUUUUGUUACUUUGGCUGGUGAAGUUGCGCACAGAACUGUACUUCAACAGAGGGGAAAGGAGGUCAUGUAAAUUUUUCAUUGUGAGAAGCUUGAAGAGAUGACUUGGUUUUCAAUGUUGCUCUUAUUUCCUUCAGCUGCCUCCAAAUCCUCCAAUAUUUCUUUUGCUAUUCCCUUGCUUAUUAUUAUAUGUAGAAGUCUAUUAAUAUCACCAAAGCAAUUUUUAGCAGUUGAAAGGCAUUUCUACUUUUAGCUUUAGGAAAAGUGU